AUGGUGAGGCAGCUCGUGUGGCAGCGGGCCACAGCCGUUCGCAGGCUGGCCCCCUGCCUUCCACCGCGAUCAAGCCUGUAUCGACGGGGCCUGGCGACCGAAGCCCCCGCCUCCCGCGCACCACCCUAUCCCAAGAUCCUGCGGAAUCUCGAUGAAGUGCGACGCGUGCUGGGUGCCCAGCGGGCACUCACGCUGGCGGAGAAGAUCCUGUACGCCCAUCUCGAUAACCCGGAGGAGUCACUGCUCUCGGACACCAACAAUGGACGGGACAUCCGGGGCCGGGCCAACCUGAAGCUGAAGCCGGACCGGGUCGCCAUGCAGGAUGCGUCCGCCCAGAUGGCGCUGCUGCAGUUUAUGUCGUGCGGACUGCCCUCGACUGCGGUGCCGGCUAGCAUCCACUGUGACCACAUGAUUGUGGGCGAGCGCGGCGCCGACACAGACCUGCCGUCGUCGAUCCAGGGAAAUAAGGAGGUGUUUGACUUUCUCGAGUCGGCUGCCAAGCGAUAUGGUAUCGAGUUCUGGCCGCCCGGAGCGGGAAUUAUCCAUCAGACUGUGCUGGAGAACUACGCGGCCCCCGGCCUGAUGAUGCUGGGAACGGACAGCCACACCCCCAACGCAGGAGGACUGGGAGCGAUUGCCAUCGGUGUGGGCGGUGCCGAUGCCGUGGAUGCCUUGGUGGAUGCGCCUUGGGAGCUCAGAGCUCCCAGGAUCCUGGGAGUCCGGCUCGAAGGGCAGUUGAAUGGAUGGGCUUCGCCCAAGGACAUUAUCCUCCACCUGGCCGGUAAACUGACCGUCCGCGGCGGAACGGGCUUCGUGAUCGAGUACCACGGCCCCGGAGUCGACACGCUCAGCUGCACGGGCAUGGCGACUAUCUGCAACAUGGGCGCGGAAGUGGGCGCCACGACGUCCAUCUUCCCCUUCUCGCCCAGCAUGGUCCCAUACCUGAAGGCCACCAACCGCGCUUCCGUGGCCGAGGCGGCGGCGGAGAUCGCAGCAUCGGGACCCCGAAACCUGCUCCGGGCGGAUCCCGAGGCUGAAUACGACCAGCUGAUUACGAUCGACCUGUCAAUGCUGGAGCCACACAUCAACGGACCGUUUACGCCCGACCUGUCCGUGCCGCUCUCCGCCUUUGCGGACACGGUGCGGGAGAAGGGGUGGCCGGAGACGUUUGGGGCCGGCCUGAUCGGCAGCUGCACUAACAGCUCGUACGAGGACAUGACGCGGGCGGAGGACCUGGUCAAGCAGGCGUCCGCGGCCGGCCUGAAGCCCAAGGCCGACUUUUUCAUCACGCCCGGAAGCGAGCAGAUCCGCGCGACGCUGGACCGCGACCAGACGUUGAAGACCUUUUCCGAGGCCGGCGGGACCGUGUUGGCCAACGCUUGCGGGCCCUGCAUUGGGCAAUGGAAGCGGACUGACGGGGUCAAGAAGGGCGAAGACAAUGCCAUCCUGACCUCGUACAACCGCAACUUCCCCGGCCGCAACGACGGCAACCGACGCACCAUGAACUUCCUGGCCUCCCCGGAGAUUGUGACGGCGAUGACCUACGCUGGCCGCACGACCUUCAACCCGAUGACCGACUCGCUGCCGACCCCCGACGGCGGCACGUUCCGCUUCAAGCCGCCAAAGGGUUCGGACCUGCCGAGCGCGGGCUUUGCGGCGGGCAACCCGGCCUUCCGGCCCAGCGCUGCAGUGCCGGACCCGUCGGUCGAAGUGAUCAUUUCGCCCACGUCGGACCGCCUGGCCCGGCUGGAGCCGUUUGCGCCAUUCCCAUCCCACGACCUGCAGGGCCUGCGGGUGCUGUACAAGGUCAAGGGCCAGUGCACGACGGACACCAUCUCAGCGGCCGGCCCGUGGCUCAAGUACAAGGGCCAUCUGCCCAACAUCUCCGCCAACACGCUCAUCGGGGCCGUCAACGCGGCGACGGGCGAGACGAACGUGGCUUACGAUAUGGACGGGAAGCAGCACUCCAUCCCGGAGCUGGCGGAGAAGUGGAAGGCGAGCGGCAUCGAAUGGCUGGUGGUGGCAGAAGAGAACUACGGCGAAGGCAGUGCGCGCGAGCAUGCGGCGCUGCAGCCCCGGUACCUGGGCGGCCGGGUCAUCGUGGCUAAGAGCUUUGCGCGCAUCCACGAGACGAACCUGAAGAAGCAGGGCGUGGUGCCGCUGACCUUUGCAGACCGGGCGGACUACGACCGCAUCGACGCCUGCGACCGGGUCGACACGGUCGGGCUGUACGAGCUGCUGACGUCUGGCGGAAAGGGCGAGGUGCGCCUGCGAGUGACGAAGCACAAGACGGGCGAGACGUUUGAUAUCCCCGUCAAGCACACGCUGAGCAAGGACCAGUGCGGCUUCAUCCUGGCGGGCAGCGCGCUGAACCUGCUGGCCAAGAAGGCGCAGUAA